UAUAUAUAAAUAUUGAGAUAUCUGGCUUUGUCUGAAAUCCACAAAACUUGUUUAGACGAGCGAUCUUCACAUCAGACGCGUGAUCGGUAAAUUUUUUUUAUAUAUACGCGCGCAGACGUUUAUAUACUGUUAGCGAUCUAGUAUAAUGUAUAGAAUCUAUGGAUAAUCUCAAUUUCUAGUAAUAUUUUUGCCCCUAGUAAAUUCUCGCCUGUUCUUGUCAUAGAUUUUCUUUACGAAAGACGAGCGAAUCUUAUUCUCGCAGCAUCGCUAUAUAGCGCCGACUGACGCAAGGUAACGGAAACUCCUCUGUAAUUUAUCCGGUAUUCGUCGAGCGAUAUUAAUCAGUGAAUAAGCGGUUGUGGUGAUAGUUGGUUGGUCGAUCGGUCACGGUCGACAUUGACGGCGAGAAGCCAUGCCUACCGCCACCGCCUCGUAAACACAGUUGGACGUCAGACAGAGACACGUCACGAGCCACGAGCGUGUUACACUCUCGGCGUUGACGUUUCCUCGGGGUAUGUUGCCGCGAAACCGUGCGAGACGGUAAAAUGUUGUCGCUGCCCCUGGCCGACCGAGACUAUUCGCUGACAAACAGGUGAAGAUGGAAGAUGACGCUGAUCUCAGGGAACAGUUGUUUCACAACACCGUGCGGGAAAAUAUAAUAUUUCUGCUUCUUUUUUUGCUGUUGUACAUCUCGAGUUACGCACUGAUCGCACGCUUCAGACGCCGGGAUCGCGACGAUUAUCUAUCAGUGGACGAGGAUGAAGCCACCGUGUAUAGGAUCAGUCUCUGGCUGUGCACGGUCGCCCUGGCGGUCUCCGUCGGCGCGACCCUCCUACUUCCGGUGUCUAUCGCCAGCAACGAAGUGCUCAUUCUCUACCCGAACAGCUACUACGUCAAGUGGCUUAACAGCUCCCUCAUUCAAGGUCUAUGGAACCACGUGUUUUUGUUCUCGAACCUAUCGCUCUUCGUGUUUCUGCCUUUCGCCUAUCUUUUUACGGAAUCGGAAGGUUUCGAAGGCCAUAAGAAGGGCGUGAUGGCAAGAGUAUACGAGACAGUAACAGUCCUCUGUCUUCUGGGCACUCUUGUACUAGGAAUGACUUACGUUCUGUCGUCUCUGUUGGAUGAUAAAAACUCAAGUUUACACACAUUGCUCAAUUUAUGGAGUUACUAUUUACCUUUCCUGUACUCCUGCGUCUCGUUCGUUGGUGUAAUGAUGUUAUUAUUAUGCACUCCAGUGGGAUUUGUACGACUGUUUGGUGUGGUGGGAUCGUUUCUCGUUAAACCCCAGUUUCUGAAGAACCUGGACGAGGAGUUUUUUGCAUAUAGAUUAGAAGAAGACUGUAUUCGCAGAAGAUUGCAGCAUGUGAAAGCGACGGGAAAGUCGUACGUAUCACCGGUGCCGAUGUCGUCGUCGGCGAGUUGCAGCUCGUCGACACAGGAGGAGGAGGAGGACGAGCCUCUAUUGAGUGUGAGUCCGGGCUUGCUGUGCCUGAGGAACGGUGCUUUGCAAAAGGGUCUCUCUCAACGGCUGAACGACAUCCAGAGUCGACGGCAACUGCUGGAUCAACAGCGGAGAACCUGGUGGGUUCGACGCACGUUGCUUUAUCCGGUGGCGAUGUUAGCACUUCUCGUAUUAUCUACUGCUACGGCUCUACUGGCGGUGCAAAAUACAUUGGAAUUGCUAAUAGGAAUUAAAGCGCUGCCGUUGAGCACGAGGCAAUUUACGCUCGGCAUCAGCUCCCUGUCUAAGCUCGGGCCCGUCGGCGCGACCAUUGAAGUGGCGGUGAUCCUUUAUUUAGCCGUAACUAGUGCGAUCGGCUUAUAUGCUCUACCGGGUGUAAGAAGAGUUCAACCCAGACUUCGUUCCACGCCGCUCACCCAUCUCAUCGCGAACUGUGCCCUCUUGCUCGUGCUCAGUUCGGCGUUACCGCUGUUAUCGCGGAUACUAGGAAUGACAAACUUCGAUUUGCUGGGUGACUUUGGACGCAUCGAGUGGCUCGGUAAUUUCAAGCUUGUGCUCCUCUACAACUUGAUUUUCGCCACGGCUGCGAUCGGCUGCUUGGCCACCAAGUUUACCGCGACCGUGCGCAAAGAGAUCUACACUCGUCUGAGAAGCAGCUUGCUAGGUAUUUUCAGAACUACGAACGUUAUCGCCGACCCGAAGAAAAACUCACCGUCGUCAGGGAUGUUUUCUACAAAGGAAGAUUAGACUGAUUUUAUUAAAUUAUUAUUAAAUAAUUAAUAAGCACCAGAGAGAGGGAGAAGAGAGACAAAGUACAUCGGGAUCUUGUGAAAGUUCUCCUGGCUUUUAAAUUCUUGCAUGUGUUGCGUCUUGCAAAUUACAGAAAACUCUCUGAGCUUUUGAAUCAUGAGAGACUUGCUUCUCAAUUUUGGGAAAUUUUGAAUAUACUAAUCCUUGGACACUCUUCAGUUCUUAGGUUCUUAGGUUGUCUUAAGGAUUCUUAUAUAUUUGCUAGAAUCUUGAUUACAUCGAGGUUUUCUCUAAUAUUUUCUAUAAUAUUCUCGUAUUUCGAGAGAAAUUUUGAAACUUUUCGUUUCUUUUAAAUUCUUAAAAAUUUUUAAUAUUGUUUAUAAAUAAUGUCUGAUACAUGUGCGAGUGUCUGAGAUAGGCUUUUUCAAAAAUUAAAUUUCGGGAAAUCUCCGGGAUCACGUUGAAAUCACUGGCGAAUAAUCCGUCAGUGAUUUCGAUAAAAUUCCUCUUCCUUUUUUAAUCCCCAGACACUCUCGCGUGCUUCUGUCCUCGCAUUAUCGAAAUUCGAUUAAAAGAGUCAACGCAACUUUCGCGAGAGCCUAAAAAGUUUAUCGCUUAAAGCCGAUUAAACAAACGUUCUCAUUCUGCCUAGUGAUCAUUUAUAAUUAAGACGUGCGAGGCCAGUUAAGGACAUAACCUGAUAAGGACAACGAGGCGGUCAUAAUGCGUAGCGCUAAAUAUUUAUUUAUUACACUAAUACUAUUUUUAAGAAUAUAUUUGCCUGGAUUCCCCCCCCCCCCCUCUCUGUGCCAGAAGAGGAUCCAGCAUCGAGUGUGUCUGUGUUUGUAUAUGUGUAAUCGAAUGAAUUAAUUUGCGGUGAAUAUAAAGAUUGCAAGAAGAAUACAUACAAUCAAGGAUAUCUAUACAUGUGUGUGUGCACAGAGUGUUGAAAGAAAUUUAUAUCCAGGCAAGAAUCUGUCCUUCACAGGAAGAAUUUUCAUCGAUAAACAUUUAUUUGUCUUUAAACACCUUCAUUUUACAAUCACCGGUAUCGUCAUAGAUAGAAGAAAAUAAAUUUUCUAUUUAAAUAAUAAAUAUAUUUUAAUGGCUACUUUAAAAAUAAAAACCUAA